AUGUCGUACCUGCUGCCGCACUUGCACUCUGGAUGGGCGGUAGAUCAGGCGAUUCUCGCUGAGGAGGAGCGAUUGGUGGUAAUCCGCUUUGGGCAUGACUGGGACGAGACAUGCAUGCAGGUGGUUUUGCCGUUUUGCUGGAAGAGUCUUUUUUAUCCUUUGGUUCUAUUGUGUUCAUUUUUCUUUCGUCGGCUGGUUUCGAUUUUGAUACGUAGUUCCUUUUUUUUUUAACCUUUAGAAUUUUGAGAAUUUGUUUGGACUUGCGUUUUCUCUUUUUGUGAACAGGAAAAGUUAGGUGGUUGGGUCUUCCAUUCGGUGACUUGUGGCGUAUUUUCUGGAGAUUUGAAAAUGCUUGACUUCUUAGAUAGAUUCAAUCAUGUUCCAUACCUAGCAGAUUUAAGUUAGCACAGACGAUUACUGGUAGAUGAUUCGAAUGCUCUCUCGAUAAUCCCUAUUAUUGACAACAGAUUUAAGAAGUUAUCACCCUCUUUCGGGCUGUUCAUUUAUUUCAGAACCAGAUGUUUCGUCGGGAAUCCUGGUAUGUUUCUGAGAACCAGAACUAAAAUGAAGAUAGCAUUUCCGAGAUGGAACCAGUGUUAUUUCUUCCCAUUUAUCCUGUAUAUGUCUCACUACCAUUUAUUCUGUUUGUUCUGCAAACCCUUGUCGCCUUGCCCUGAUUCAUUUUUUGGGCUCCUCGAUUGCUGAUAUAAGGUAUUGGCGAUGGCUCCUGACCUGUUUCUGAAUGCAGAUGAGUGACAAUAGUAAGCAACCGGCAGAAUUACUAACCUAUGUUCUAGUUCAUUAAAUGAAACUCGAACCAGGUGUAUGUUAAUUCUGUGGAGAACACUCCGAAAACAGCUAAUUCGGUGAUUAUAACAGGAUUUGAGGCGUCCUGAUUCUCAGUGAGCAUCCAACCAGUCCUGGGAGGCCUAGCCCUGGCACAUUAGAUGAAUAUAGUUUCCCUCUAAUAACCUUAAUCUUCUUGGUGAUGUUCUACCUUCUUUUACAGAUGCCUGUCUGUAGGUCUUCUUUAGGGUAACAGUACUGACUCGUGGGGAAAACGUCCAAACUAUCCGGGUUAGUUGAUUUUGGUUGCUUCAGAUUAAGACCCUGAUAUCAUAUCCAAUGGUCUGGACUUGGGAUUGUAUUAUUCUCUGAUGUCUUUAGGGUUACUGGAGGAAACUGGGUCAACGGGCGCUCAUCUCUCCAAGAGUCAACUCUGCAUCACGUGCUUCAAUUAUAAUAGAUUAUUUCUAUGUAAAACCUUCUGGAAAAACUCUCGAGUAGUCUGUUCCUCUCGUCUUCAUUCUCUUGUUUCCACGAGUGUUUCCCUGUUUUAUUGCUUCCCGGAAAGUGUGAUCUUGCGGACUCACAGAUUCAGAGGGAGCUCACCAUUCCCUGGAUGCUAUGAUACCGCAGAUGGACGAGGUUCUGGCGUCCGUGGCGGAGACGAUAAAGAACUUCGCCGUGAUAUACCUUGUGGACAUCACCGAGGUGCCGGACUUCAACACAAUGUACGAGCUUUACGACCCGUCGACGGUGAUGUUCUUCUUCCGCAACAAACACAUCAUGAUCGACCUGGGGACGGGGAACAACAACAAGAUCAACUGGGCCAUGAAGGAUAAGCAGGAGUUCAUCGACAUCGUGGAGACCGUCUACCGAGGCGCCAGGAAAGGCCGCGGUCUUGUCAUCGCCCCCAAGGACUACUCCACCAAGUACCGCUACUGA